UUGAAAAAAAUCUCCAAGGCCAUGAUGGACAGAGGCCACAACAGGGACUCAACACAGUGCCACAUGAAACUUAAGGAGCUGAAACAAGAGUACCAGAAAGCCAAAGAAACAAACAGACGCUCCAGGACAGAGCUGCAGACAUGCCACUUCUACACUGAGCUGCAGGCAAUUCUAGGGGGGGGGGGCACCACCACUACCCCAGCCUUGUCCGUGGACUCCGAUGAUGGGGUACUCUCAGUCACCAUGCCUGAGGAUUUUGCGGACGGGGAAGAUGAUGAGGAGGAGGUGGUUGAGGAGAGCACACAACACACUGUUCUCCCUGACAGCCAGGAACUUUUUCUCACCCUGACUGAAAUACCCUCCCAACCCUUCCAAGGCGGUGUCCCGGAUCAUGAAGCCAUAGAAGGGACCUCUGCUGCAAAUGUUUCAAAAGCUAUCUCAGAUAAGGCGGCAAAAAAGACGCACAUGCGACGAAAUGUUCUCUGAGCUCAUGCAGGCGUCCUGCACGGAAAGAUCUCAGCAGAAAGUGUGGAGGGACACAAUAGCACAGGACAGGAAAGCAGGCAGUGAACGUGAGGAGAGGUGAUGGCAGGAAGAUCAGAGGAGGCAGGAUGCAACGCUGGGGCUACUGCAGGAACAAACGGACAUGAUCCGGUGUCUGGUGGAGGUUCAGGAACAUCAGCUGGAGAGACUGUCGCUGCAGCCCCUGUUUAACCACAGUUCCAUAGCCACCUCCUCACCCAGACACCCAAGAACACGGGGGGAGACCCCUCGGGGCACCCAACCACUCCACCUCAGUGGACAGAAGGCUGUCAU